GUUAAUGGGUAAUAAGCUGUAAAUGUAAUAAAGCAACUUUCAUGCAAAACAUUGUAAUGUGCAUACACACAUUUACAUCAAGUGAUGAAUACUACUCCUACUACUCCUAAUACCUAAUACUAAUACUACUACUUGUUGUGACGCAAAAUAAAAAAUAGCAUAUGUGCAAUGAAGAAAUUUACUUUUUAAUAAUUCUAAUCAUUGACAUUGUUAACACUGCCCAAACACUGCCUUUGGUAAAGAGAAUGGUGUAAAGAAAGAAAGUUCACAACGUGAUGUUUUGUGUGGUGGAUGCGUUCAUUCAAACGUCUUUAAACAGCUACAGUUAAGGCUGAGCACAUGUUUAGCAUUGGGGAAAAGUUAAAGUAUUGAAGCCUUAGCUUAAGGGUAAACAGGAUUAGUUUUCUCAUAAUUUAAUUAUCUUGAGUAAAAACAAUGGUCUAGACUCUGCAAAGUCAAAUUAUAUGGAUGUGUCUGUAUUUUUUCUUUUGCUUUGUAUUUUGUAUCUCCAGUUAACGACACUCAGUUGCAAAGCACUCAAUGCAGGUUUGGCAUGAAAUCUCUUCUUCAGUCUCUCAGAUUAUUUACUUUUUCUUUGCACUUUUUCUACGAUGUGUCAACUUUACUUCAAAUAUGUUGCCGUUGUCCCGAAAUAGACUAUUUUAUUUUACCAUUUAGUUUGGACCUAAUCAUUUCACUGGGUAACAUCUGGAAUAAUUUUCUUUAAAGAGAACACAAAAAAAAGAGUUGAAUGACCUCAAAAGCAAAAGAUCUUACGUUUUGAGGUUCGGUUCGAGAAGAUACAAACUCGCUCGUUCUGAAAUCCACUCACUCUGUGUCCAAACACUCAGACUCGUACAGAGAAAGAUUAUAUUUCCACAAAGAAAACGAUCAAUUGAAGCAACGAUGUCUCGUCCGCGUAAGAGCCCAGAUGCGUCCCCCCCGGCGCCCCCCCGGCGGUACGGGAUCAGCGGCCCCAUCAGCGAGGAUCAGCCUUCAGAAGACCAGCUGAUCCUGACCGAACAGCUGAUCAAGACUCUGGCCACGUGUGAUGCGUUUGUGGACGACUUGGAGUUGCGGCGCAGAGAGAAUGCUGUGGAACAGCUGGAGUCACUAUUUAAGGAGUGGCUCACAGAAAUCUGCAAAGAGCUGAACAUACCUGAUCAUGUGACAGAAAAGGUUGGAGGCAAGAUCUUCACAUUCGGGUCCCGUCAUCUGGGGGUCGACUCUAAAGGUGAUGAUGUUGACGCCCUCUGUGUCGGACCCAGAUUCAUCCAGAGAAACGACUUCUUCACCUCUUUCUUUGAGAAGCUGAGGGUUCAGAAAGAGGUCAAAGACAUUCGGACCAUUCAAAGCACGUGUGUCCCCGUCAUCACAAUGUCUUAUGAGGGGAUUAAGAUUGACUUACUCUUUGCCAGCGUGGAUCGCAACAGCAUCCCCCAAAAUCUGGAUCUGAGCAACAGCUUGCUGAAGAACUCAAGCGUCACAUGCAUCAGGAGUCUCAAUGGCUACAGAGUCACAGAGGAGAUCCUGAGGUCGGUGCCGAAUGUGCAGAGCUUUAAACUGGUUUUGAGAGCCAUCAAGCUGUGGGCCAAACGGCGAAACAUUUACUCCAGCAUGCUGGGCUUCCUGGGGGGGGUGUCAUGGGCCAUACUGGUGGCCAGGAUCUGUCAGGUCUACCCGAACGCCACAGCGUCCACCCUGGUCAACAAGUUCUUCAAAGUUUACAGCAUGUGGAAGUGGCCGGUCCCAAUUGAGCUGAAGCGUCCGGAGGAUUACAACAUGAACCUCCCAGUUUGGGAUUCCAGGAUUAAUCCAAGCGACCGUUGCCACGUGAUGCCCAUCAUCACCCCGACGUACCCGCAGCAGAACACGGCCUUCAACGUGUCUCUCUCCACCUUGGCCGUGUGGAUGGAGGAGAUCCAAUGGGGCCUGGCCGUCACUCAGGACAUACAAGAGAACAAGGCUGACUGGUUGGAACUGUUUCAAGAGCCGGACUUUUUAAACAAGUACCAACAUUUCAUCCUGUUGCAUGCUUCUUCAGCCGCAGGGAAGCAGCACCUCGAAUGGGUCGGCCUGGUUGAGUCUAAAAUCCGACUGCUGGUGGAAAAUCUGGAAAGACACGUGUACGUCAAGCGGGCCCACAUUAACCCACAGUCCACCUCUGGAUCGAGCCGGCUGUGUGCCAAAGACGACCAGAGCACCAAGUGGCUGAUUGGACUGCUCUUCAACAUGGGGGAGUCUAAAAGACAGAAAAUAGACAUGACCUUCCCCCUCAUGUCCUUCACCGACACAAUCUACAGUCUGGCAGACAGCUGUAAGGUCUAUAAAGAGGGGAUGACCAUCUCGGCCCGAUACCUGGCCAAGGACCAGCUCUGUUGGAAGGUGCCAAACAGAACCGGCCGCAUGCAGUCGUCCAGGGACAAGAAGGCAUCUGCGGCUCACCGCUCCAGCCGACCUGCGGCGCCCUCCGCCGAUCCCCGGCACCCAAAGAGACGCCGUUCUCCUCAGCCAGAGGUCUCAUCCAAAAGGGUCAGAUCUUGUGAGGAGGCAACCGAGGGCCCCCGUUCUGAGUCGGCCGGUGUCUCGAUCAGCGCGGGUCCGUCCGAAGGUGUGAGCCCGCUGAGCACAAAGAGACCUGAGCCCGAGGCAACAAGCCGCAGAGUCAAACUUGAGCUGAACCCACCCGUUGUGGAGCUGUUGGACCUGCCCUCCGAGCUCACUGGGCCGCCUGCAGCUGUAAGACGGGCCAUCGAGAUUACACUGGUCAGAAAGCGUAACUGAGCAGGCCGCUGACCGAGAGGGACAACAACAUCCUCACCCUCCAUCCUCCUGGUCCGCCUUCGUCGUCUGAAAUAGUGUCUGUCUGUAAUUUAAGAUCUGAAACUGUAGUAAAUUGUAAAAAACAGUUUGUUGGAAAAUAAAGUGAUGAAGCAUU